UCGCUUAAAUGCCGAAGACAGUUUUUGUCAACUGGUGGGAAACAGAGAGGUGGCAAAGACUGGGAAUGGAGACGAAAAUGGCUUUCUCGAGUUGGACUUGCGGCCGCAGUCGUUACAUCAACAACUGUGGGGUCGCAAAUGAUGACAAAUGCGGAUUCUAAAACAGGCGAAUCAAGCCAAAAAAAUGGACCUCUUUCAAUCAAACCAACAAAAUCGGUACGAGUUGAUACAGAUAACUAUGGCCUGAAGAUGACUCUGUUCCAGUAUCAGACUUGUCCCUUCUGUUGUAAAGUCCGCGCACUGCUCGAUUACUAUGGCUUCUCCUACGAUGUCGUUGAAGUCAACUCUGUGUGGAGAACCCAGACAAAAUGGUCCUCAUACAAAAAGGUUCCGAUUUUGGUGAUCCAUGGUGAAAAGAACAAGGAAUAUCUGCAACUGAAUGACUCCUCUGUUAUAAUGAGCAUCUUGGAGACUUACCUGAUGGACACAAACCAGUCUAUAGAGAACCUUCUGAAGUUUUAUCCCUCCAUCGAGUCCAAAAAUGCCAAAGGCAAAACAGAGAUCGAGUUUCCUAACAAAUACUUUAUUAUGUAUCAAGACAUGGUUGUGAAGUCUACAGCCCAGGUUAUCAAAGAGGAGCGUAAGUGGCGGUCGUGGGUUGACAACACCCUAGUACAUAGUCUCUCCCCCAAUGUGUAUCGUACGCCGUCCGAGGCUCUACAGGCAUUCAAGUACUUCUCACAAGUGGGCGACUGGGAAAACACCUUCUCUGCGGCAGAGAGGAUGGUCGUUAUCUACGUGGGUGCUGUUGCCAUGUACUUCGUUGGCAAAAUUCUGAAAAAACGACAUUCAUUGAAGGAUGACGUGCGAAGCUCUCUCUAUGACCAAUGUAAAGAGUGGACUGCCGCCAUUGGCAACAAGAAACCAUUUAUGGGUGGAGAUCAGCCAAAUCUAGCCGACUUGUCAGUGUACGGUGUUCUCAACUCUAUAGAAGGAUGCGAUGCCUUCCAGGACGUGCUGCAAAACACCAAGAUAGGGCCGUGGUACGAGAGAAUGAAAAAAGUUGUCUCCCAUCACGGUGGUGCCAACUCGUCAAACAAGCAACGGUGACCAGGAGAAAUUUAGUUGGGAACAUUACUGUACUUCCUUCAUAACCUGUUGCGAUGACAAAUUUAUGAAAUAUAUCAUUCAAUGCUAGAAAAUUUCGAUUUUGCGCAUAAAAAAAAUGGUUUUGGAAUUCUAAACUGUAUUGGAAGGACAAAAGUCUGAGAGUUUAUCUAAAUGAUACAAUAAUCCAACAACAUGGUAAAAAGUUGGGUAAUUAUGGUACAUGAUUGUACAUUGUGUGAAAUAUUUAUUGCCAUUGACUGAAGGAUUGUGUGCAUGUCCGACUUGAUUAUCAUUGUUGUGAAGACAACAGUUUUAGAGAUGAUAUAUAUGAAUGAAAACAAGAAUGGCUACUGAGGCUUCUGUGUGUUGAAAUGCUUAAAAGCUUUAGUUAAUGAAUUAGUUUUGGAUUUGAAUUUGAUUUAUUCCCCUUAAAGUAAAAUAUGUGAAAUGACGUGUGAAGUGCUGUGGGGUCUGUUUCAUUUGAAAACUUAAUGUUCUUGUGUUGAAAAGGCAAAUUAAAAUGGCUAUCAGCAACCAUUAACAUCCAUUAACCAUCGAUGGAUUGUUGUAAGUGGGAAGGUCUACCAGCAAACUGCGGAUGGUCGUGGGUUUCCCCCUGGCUGUGCCCGGUUUCCUCCCACCAUAAUGCAGGCCGCCGUCGUAUAAGUGAAAUAUUCUUGAGUAUGGCGUAAAACACCAGUCAAAUAAAUAAAUAAAUCAAAUGAAAAUCAAUGAAAUCAAUGACUGAGAAAAAUAGACUAGGUACAUGGUUUCUGCUUUGGUUUAGCUGCCACAAGUCUCUGUAGGUCAGUCAAAUUUUUGACACCCUGCAUUGUAGCAUGGGUCAUUCACUUAAAAAAAGGUCAAAGUAUAGGCCAACACUGACUGGUGCAAUGUAACAGCUAUUGCAAAUUUGCACUUGGUAUUGAUAAAGUCACCUACCAGCCAUCCAUCAUGUUGUUCUAGCUUUUGAAAUCCAGGGUUUUAGAUGUACAUGUAGCAAGUUGAAGGAUUGAUCAAGUAGCAUUGGUGAGAAACAUAUCUUAAUCUACCUAAAUGUAGGUAUGCCUGUAAAUAUCCACCAUCCAAGUUUCAGCAGAGUACAAACUGCAUCCUAGUAUUUAAAUGUCGAAUAUAGUUUUAUGUGAGAGAAGGAAAGGAACUUUCGGAAAUGCCUCCAAUCAAGAACUGGUGUGUGAUAAUAUGGUACUGUUACGAAAAUCAUGUUCAUACCAGUGCAUGGGUCGCUAAGAACAAAUG